ACUGUCAUCUGCGUCGCCAUCACGCGGCUUUUCUAGUGCUGUGAAUAUGGCGGAUCCGGAAGGAGAGUCGCUAGAGUCUUGGCUCAAUAAGGCAACUAACCCCUCCAACAGACAGGAAGACUGGGAGUAUAUUAUAGGAUUCUGUGACCAAAUCAAUAAAGAAUUAGAAGGUCCACAGAUAGCUGUAAGGUUGCUAGCUCAUAAAAUCCAGUCUCCACAGGAAUGGGAAGCUAUACAGGCUUUGACAGUAUUAGAAGCAUGCAUGAAGAACUGUGGGAAAAGGUUUCAUAAUGAAGUUGGAAAAUUUCGAUUUUUAAAUGAAUUGAUCAAAGUCGUUUCACCCAAGUAUCUGGGUGACAGAGUGUCGGAGAAGGUAAAGAUGAAAGUCGUUGAAAUGUUGUUCAGUUGGGCAGUUGCUCUGCCUGAUGAAGCCAAAAUAAAUGAAGCAUAUCAAAUGUUGAAGAGACAAGGCAUUGUCACCACUGAUCCAGAGAUCCCCGUGGACAAGACUCUGAUACCUUCACCCCCCGCCCGGCCCAAGAACCCUGUGUUUGAGAAUGAGGAGAAAAGCAAGCUGCUAGCUGAGCUCCUGAAGAGCAAAAACCCAGAGGACCUGCAGGAGGCCAACCGGCUUAUCAAGAACAUGGUGAAGGAGGAUGAGGUCAGGAUGCAGAAGGUGACGAAGCGUGUGAACACACUGGAGGAAGUCAACAACAAUGUGAAGCUUCUAAACGAGAUGCUCACCCACUUCAACAGGGAGGAGUCUUCUGAGGCAGACCGAGAACUCAUAAAGGAGCUGUAUGACCGCUGUGACAAGCUCAGGCGCACCGUUUUCAAGCUGGCCACAGAAACCGAGGACAAUGACAAUAGCUUAGGUGAUAUCCUGCAGGCUAGCGAUGACCUGUCUCGAGUCAUUAACUCUUACAAGAAGACUGUGGAGGGUCAGGCAGUUAACGGAGAGGUGGAUGUUCUGAGUUCAUCAAUGACAGAAGGAAGCAAAGGCCACACAACUACAGAGACUCUUAUAGAUCUGGCUGGCCUUGACAUUCCAAGUCCUUCCCCACCAGAGAUGGCUCCCCCUCCUCAACUUCCAGAUCCCCAAAUCCCCAAUCUGCUGGUGGCACCUUCAAUUCCAGUCUUGCCUCCUCCUCCGUAUGGAUUGGCUGGGUCACAAGCCUGCACUCUCGGCCUGUCUGAAAGCCCCAGCCAUCCAUCCACCGGCCAGACAUCCACUGCUCUCUCCCUUCUGGAUGAGGAGCUUCUGUCACUGGGUCUGAAUGAUCCAGCUCCAAGUUUGAAUGAUCAAAAUCGCAAUAAACCAAAGGAAGAUGACUUGACCACUCAGUGGACCUCAUUACAGUCCCAACCGACUGAUCCAGGGUUGGAUUUAUUUGCAAGUGCACCUCUACCCGGUCCCAUGUUCCCUGCGGAGAUGACGUCGACAGUGCCUGCCCCUAGGAUGACCUCCGCGUGUUACCCAGAAGCCCCUAGGACUGCGUCCUUCCCUUACCCUAGUGCAGCUAACUCCAGCACCUCUCCGCUCAACCAGGGUCUGCAGGACCUUGCCAUGCUUGACCUUGGAGACCCUAAGAGCAUGCCUGGCCUCUUGAACCCAGGUGCAAUAUUUGGGAUGGGGGCGCCAGCUGGCCCUGCGGCCUCCUCCAUUCUCGGGUUCCCUGUGCCCAGCUCCACCCCUCUGCCCCUUGGUACGAUGCCUGCUUCUCCCGCAGUGUCCCAGGCCAUGUCCCAGGCCGUGUCCCAGGCCAAGGCCCAGGCUGCCAGCUCCACCCCGGGAAGCCCUCUGUUCCGCUCGCUGUCUCCCAUUAUCCCUCAAACACAAGGCAGCCCAGCCAGAGGGCCUGAGGUUUCCCUAGCCAACAUACACGUCCCUCUGGACUCCAUAAAGCCCAGCAAGGUGUUGCCGGUGACGGCCUACGAUAAGGACGGUGUUCGAGUACUGCUGCAUUUUGCCACUGACUGCCCGCCGGGCCGGCCUGACGUGUUGGUGCUGGUGGUGUCCAUGCUGAACACGGCGCCGCUGCCCGUCAGGAACGUUGUCCUGCAGGCUGCCGUGCCAAAGUCAAUGAAGGUGAAACUUCAGCCUCCUUCAGGGACUGAGCUUGUCCCCUUCAAUCCCAUCAUGCCCCCGGCUGCCAUCACUCAAGUCAUGCUUCUGGCCAAUCCGCUGAAGGAGAAGGUGAGGUUGCGCUACAAACUGAUGUUCACACUCGGAGAGCAGCAGUGUGCAGAAGUGGGAGAGGUGGACCAGUUCCCCCCACCAGAGAAAUGGGGCAACCUAUAGCCUCUGGACUCGCCAGGAAGAGACAACCGUUUGACCAUAUUAUCUCCCAGUGAGUGGGGGGCCCAGUGUAUUUCUGAAUGUUUUCUUUUCGUUUUUUAACAUAAAGUAGGCAAGUGCUGUUAACAUUACUUCAUCAUCGCCCAGUUCGAUGUAAUUUUUGGAUUAUUUUUCUUUAGUCCUUUUUGAAAUUGCUUUAGGUCAGGUUUCCAGAUUGGCUGUUGAAACGGACAAGCUGCACUUUAAGCCACAUACAGCACUGGGGAAAUGCCAUUUGCAGCCUAGAUCUACAUAUCCUGAGCUGCACAUUCAUUAAAAGGAUAUAACCUCAGGCCCUCAAGAGGAAUUGAAGGUAUUAUACGAUAAAAUCACCCAAGACCAGAAGGCAGUUCUUACUUUUUACACAAGAAAGGGGAGAUGAGGGUUGCCACUUAACUGAUUGGUUAUGGACAAUCAUUUCAUUGCUGGUACUGAAUGGUGAAAGGCCAUAGCCAAUUGAAACUGCAUGAAUCAUUUAUGUGCCCUUCCCCCAGAGACUGCUUCUCGUACCUCCCCAGCAGCUACUCGGCUGUAUGGAAGGCAGAUGUGUUUUCAGAAUAUUGACAACCUCAGACAGUCAUGAAGUAAGUGGCAGUGUUAGUUGCUGCCUGUUUGUUAUUUCAAUCUGUCGGAGAAGAUGUACAGACAUACAAUUUAUUUGAAGUAUUUUCAUGUAUGUGAAGUAUUUAUAUUUUUUGUUAUUGAUUAUUUGAUUCUUUGUUAUUAAUCAGAUGAUGGGGCGAUCUGUAUUCCUGUCAAGAUUCUGUAUGUUGGUACCUGAAAGUGAAUACUUUUCUGGGUUAACUAGAGAACAUGGUGUGGCCCAGUAGGUUGGAGAGAGAACUCUAACACAUGAUGGAGUGUUUUUUUGGGGGGGUUUUUUGGUUACAGUGACUAUUAAUGUUCCAUGAAUGCUUUUUUUGGGUUUUGAUUGUGACGCCCAAUCAAUCCCCUUUGAAGUGUUAUUUAUUGAUUUCAAGUAUGGAUUCUGCUAUCUCCUGCUGCCGUUUGCUGUUUUCUCAAGUCUUGACGUUACAGUAUAUUGCUGAAUUCCUUCUACAGAGACAAACUUUCUACCAGGCCUCUCUCAUCUCUGCUGACUGUGAAUGUUGGUCUUCACCAGUAUUGCAGUUAUUUAUUCUUUGUCCUUAGAUUUAUUGGUACAGUAUGUGUAUUUCAUUGAGACCAACAGUCUUAUUUCAAAGGCAUUCUUUACAGGUGUAGUUUUAGGUAGUACUAGAACUACAGUUGGUUACAACUCUGACCGCAGUAGAAUAUUAAGUCAAUCCAGUUUCAUUGUCAGUAGGUUUGUGCUGGCCUGGUAUGUAUGUGAAAUGAGAAAUGUCAUUGUACAGCAACUGGAGUGGUGAAUUUGGGGGGUAGCCCCCUGCACACCACUCCCUGUCUCAUCAUCUCAUUCUGAAGCCCUUUUGUCUGUCAGCACUGUGACUUGUUACAAAGGCAGAUGCUCCAAACCUUUUAUGUACAUUGCUGUAUUUAUUGUCCUCUAGAGAUUGUUGAAGUUAAUGUAUGUACAUGUUAAUGUGACUCUUUACAGACGCUACCAGAAAAUACCUGUAUAUAUUUAAAUGUGAGAGGUGUUUCGCUGCAUGAAGAAUUAAAAGUCUUCAUUUUAAAUGGA